AUUGAAUGUUUACACAAUAAUAUAAAUGGUUCUCUCUGGUUUUUGCGUUCCAGAAAAAGUUUCAAAAUUCGAGAUUUGAUUGAUUCGCUUCAAAUGGUUGAGUAUACUUUUAACUGUAUCAAAAUUGAGAAAUGACACAAAUAUUUUCAUAACUUAGACCUUAGUUAAGAUGGUCAGACUGUCAAAAACUCGAAUUUUCAGUUUAUAUCGGAAAAAGUCGAUUUAUAAUAUUGAUAAUGCAAAACCAAAGAAACCGCGACGUGAAAGUGUAAAUGUGAAUGUGAAUUAUGACUGGAGGAUCAGUCCAUUCUACAAUCCAAUUAAAGCUAGAUAUAAUUACUCAAAAUCGAUUGAAAAAAUACAUUCUGAAAUCAAGAAGAAAAAAUUAGAGGAAUUAAAAAAAUUGAAAGAAGAGGAGAAGCUACGGCAAAAGGAGUUGGAAAUAUAUCAAGGUAAAUACAAGAGAUUAUUUUGGAGAAUAUGGUAUCUUACUUUUGGCCGACUUGGAGAAGACUGGGUAUUCUUAGCAUUUUUAGGAAUUUUUGUAGCUAUUAUAAGUUAUACCAUCGACAAAGGAACUUUUUAUUGUAUUAGUGGUAAACUUUGGUUAUAUGGUGACUUAGCUAAUGGCUUAUUCACAAAAUGGGUUGCUUGGAUAGCUAUACCCUUUUGUUUAAUUAUGUGGGACGUAGGAUUAACCCACUUAGUAGCACCUCAAGCAUCAGGUUCUGGUUUGCCGCAGAUAAAAACAAGUCUACGUGGUGUCUUUAUGAAAGAAGUACUUACGUAUAAAACACUAAUUGUUAAAUGGUUGGGUAUAACAGCUUCAAUUGGUAGUGGAUUACCAUUGGGAAAAGAAGGUCCUCUGAUUCAUAUGUCCAGUAUUAUUGUAACGAAAAUGAGUAAAUUGAUGUCUUCUUUCAACGCUGUCUACGUUAAUGAAAGCAAGAAAAUUGAAAUGCUAGGAGCGGCAUGGGCUGUGGGAACAGCAUGUACAUUCAACGCCCCAAUUGGAGGUGUACUUUUCAGUGUGGAAAUUACUACAGCAUAUUAUGCAGUAAGGAAUUAUUGGAGAGGCUUUUUUGCUGCAGUUUGGGGUGCAACAACAUACAGAUUGCUUCUGGUAUGGAUCGAUAGAGCUAAAACCAUUACAGCGGUAUUUCCAAGCAAUUAUUAUUUUGAGAUUCCUUAUGAUCCAAUAGAACUAUUUCCAUUUGCGUUAUUAGGAUUGAUUUGUGGAUUUGGAGGGUCGUUCUAUAUAUAUUGUAAACAGUGGUAUGAUUCUUUCGCAAAUGGUAACAAGAUAGUGAAGAAGAUAAAACAAUUCAACCGUUUCAUUUAUCCAGCGAUAGUUAUACUUGUCAUCACUACAAUUAAUUGGCCUCCUGCAGUUGGACAAUUCAUGGCAUCUGAACUGAUGCCAGCAGCGCAGGUUAUCAACCUCUUCAGCAAUUUUACAUGGAGUGGUUCUAAUCUGACGCUGACGGAACAAACUGUAGUAUCCCAUUGGACAACACCUUGGACUGGAUUUUACGCAAAUCUGGCUAUUUUUGGGGCGUACCAAUUCACGGGUUCUAUAGUAGCUUCUUCAUUACCGAUACCUAAUGGUGUUUUCAUACCUAAUUUUAGAGUUGGCGCUGCUAUUGGACGGAUUGUAGGGGAAGCAUUGAACGCUUGGUUUCCAGAAGGGAUUGGUAAGGCAAAGAUUGUUCCCGGUGCGUACGCGGCAGUAGGAGCAGCUGCAUUCUCUGGUGCUGUAACUCACACAAUGUCAGUCAGCGUUAUCUUAUUCGAAAUGACGUCAUCAGUUACAUAUCUCGUCCCAGUUCUAAUUGCCGUUCUCAUAUCUAAUGGUGUAGCAAGAUUUCUGGCACCUAGUGUUUAUGAUUUGGUAAUCAGAUCAAAAAAAUUACCUUAUUUGCCGAAUCUGCUGCCAAAUACUAGCAGUAUUUACGAUGUAUAUGUCGAAGAUUUCAUGAGAACAGACAUUAAAUAUUUGAAUUUGACUAUGAAUCACGGUCAAUUGAAAGAACUACUCAUGAAUAAUAAAAAAAUUAAUGUAUUUCCACUUGUGGAUCAUCCUCAAACAAUGACAUUGCUCGGUUCGAUCACGAGACCAGAGCUAAUAAUGCUGAUAGACAAUCAAAUUGGUACAGUUCAAAGGAGACAGUUCCUGCCUACCCCAAUGGUUGAAAGACGGGAAGAUUCUUUUGACAACAUUGAAUAUAUUCAAUCAAUGAGAAAACGGUCGGUUCCUAAUUUAGACGACUCCAGCGAUUCAGAAAGAGAGGACGAUAUAAGGAAUGAGGAUAAAAUUACUGUACAUCCAGGAAUGACAGAAAUGAAAGAAAUAAAAGCUGAUACUGUGGAAGAAGCGAGAAACCAGAUAAUGCAGAAAUGGGCACCAAUAAAACGACCAACAACAUUACCAGCUCCAAAAUCUCCUCUUCCGGAAAGAAGAUCGCCACUUCCAUCAAGAAGAGGAGCUACAUCAUUAUUAAAUUUAGAAAUACCAUCUAUCCGAAUAAGCGAUCUUCCAGCCACGGAUCAGAAAACAUGGGAAGAAAAUCAAUUGAAACAACAAGUAGACUUCACAAUGUGUCAUAUAGAUCCCGCCCCGUUCCAGUUAGUCGAAAGGACGUCUCUGUUAAAAGUCCAUUCGCUUUUUUCUCUGUUAGCCAUCAACUUUGCAUAUGUUACUUCAAUUGGUAAAUUAAUAGGUGUAGUAGGAUUGAAAGAAUUGAGAUGUGCUAUAGAAGAUGCCAAUAGUGGAAACCCACCUAAAAGAGCUGAUAAAUCUCUUAAAUUUGACAUUUCUGUACCGCCAACACCGACGCCAUUAACUCCGGUGAUUUCUGUAGUACCGCCAACAGAUUCAGGAAUUCAUGGGACAAAUAUAGAUAGAAUCGAUUAUAUCGAUGCGUAGAAUUUGAUUCUCAUAAAUUAAGAUAAUGGAUUAGAAAGAAAAUAUUUAUAAAUAAGUAUAUCCAUUUGGAUAAGAAGAUUCGCUAUAUUAUUUAGCUAUAAAUUAGGUAUUUAUAAAGAUAAUUACUACAUAAGUACGGAUUAUAUUAUUAGGCAAUAGUCUUGGAUUUCCCAUUAAGUAAGUUUUUAAAUCCGAUAAAACUUUAAAAUGUGGAAAAUAACAAAAAAAUCAAUUUAAAAAGAAAACGCUAUCAAAAGCAUUAACAUUUGAAAUUGAUUGCAAUUAUAUGACCCCAGCGGCAUUCUAGACACCUAAUUCUGGAAUACUUUUUCGAGCAUAGCUGGUAUAUGUUACGAAAUACCGAAAAAAAUUUCAUUUCAGUAAGUCGAUGGUUACAGUCGCUCUAUGGCAACUCUUUAACCCUUUUUAAGCCACAUCCAUAUUUGCAAUUAAACAAAUUCUGAUUGUGAUCCAUUAACCGUGUCAUAAUGGCUGUAAAACAAGCCAUUGGGCUUAAAUUUUUGUAAAUAAUUUUCAUUUUUUCUAUUACUAUAAUUUUUUAGUCCUUAAUUCGUUUUUAGGCAGUAUAUUGCAAUGCAGCCAUUCUUCUAUUGACCUCCCUUUCUUUUCAUUCCUUUUGAUAUUUUCACUCUCUUUCGAUCCAUUCUCUUCGGAUAGCCCACUCUUUUCGAUAUUACUACUUCUGUUAGUGUUGAUUCAUUAUAAAAUGCUUAUAUUUUAUUAUUUGUACUUCUUAUCUCUUGCCAUAAAAUCGUUUUCACAUAUAUAACUUGUUUUGUGGCGUCUUAUUCAGAACCCAAAUUUCACUUCCAUAGAGGUAUGUCUUAUUACUUUAUUAUAUAGUUUUUCUUUUGUAGUUUUGUAUACCUGCUUUGGUAUAGCCCUCUUGUCCUCUACUCGUAGCUAAUCUUCGUUACAUUUGUCGAUAAUCAAGACACCUUAAUACACGUAGUUUAUUAUUUUUCUUUUUUAUUUAUUUUUUCUGUGGUAAGGAAUUUCUAGUUCCGACAUUUUAGUUUUUAUUUUUAUGGAGUUAUUGAUUUUCAUUUUUCUUUGGCUACAAUAAUUAUUUAUUGGUCUGCUAUUACUAUUAGAUCUUUUUUUCCAUUAGUUAAACUAAGUCAAAAAUAUAAAUGUUUCGGCAGUUAAUAGUAUGCUCACUUUGAAUGUACUCAACAAGAAAUCAGAUAGUAAGGUUCCUUACUUUCUGAAGAGCCUUCAUAUUAAACGAUUUUGGUAUAGUUCUACAGUACACCAUGAUAAUUAUUAGUUUACUUACUUAAACCUCUUAAUUAUACGAAUCAAAUGAAACAUUAGUCUCAAAGUAGACUUCCCGCUGAAAUGGAUUAACUUUUUUCUUUCGAUAAUUAUCUACAAGUAGGAGUGAAUAGAAAAAUCAAACGAAUGUUUAUGACAAACAUUUGAAAUCAAUUAUCUUAUUAUCUUCAUCUGACUACAACCCCUAAAUAUUAUUAUGUUAUCUUUGUCGUUCCUUGACGGAUAUACUUUGUGCAAGUUCUGAGACAAAUUUUUAUUUCUGUGUUCACAUUUUAAGUCAGCAAAUACAACAAACCUAAUUUCUAAAUGGUAAUUUAUUGGAAAUCCGAAGAAGUCGUCUAAAUAUAAAGUUAAUUCAAGACUUGUUAACAAAGAAACCUUCGUAAGUAAUUCUGCUGGUAGUGAUAGUUCAAAACAUCCAAAUUGGAUCCAAAACCCAGUUCGAGCCUUAUAACUUGAUGUUAUUUUCUGUAAAUUUUCUUUAUCAGUUUCCUCGGUAUUUGGCUUUUUUACAGUCCCUAAACUAGAUAGUGGAUAAGGAUUGAGGGGCACAGCAUGUUUCAAAUUAAAGCAGAAGGUACAAAGAAAAAUAGUUUGAGAGCCCCUCAGCUGUAAUGAAAUUUAAUUUUUCGUAUCUUCCACCAUAUUUUUGUGGAUGAACAACAACUAUCCCUUGAAUAAAAAAAUAUUUUUCCAGUAGAAAGUGUCCUUUCUAGUUGCCAAAUAAAAGUGCUAAUCAUACAAUUGUUAGCAUUCAUUCCAUUUUAAAUUACAUAAUUUAUUUCUUUGUGAUUGAACAAUCUAAGAUCAUAAUAAAGAUCACAUUAAGUUUCUGAAACACUUUAUUUAUACUAUAUUGUAAUAGUAACUGAUCGUGUAAUGGUGGCAGUAAACAAAAUGUCCAAUAUAACACAAAGGAGGAAAGUUUUUCAUAAUUGUAAAGAUAUAAGGUACACACUAAUAAGGUGUACGUCUCUAUCUAUAAUCUUCAUUUUCCGAAAUCAUUCCAUUAUCGUGCAAAAAAUUGAUUUGGUAGCUAAUUAUUCACGUCAAUUGUAUACCAAUAUUAUUUUAUCAAAAACAUUGAUUAAACUGCAAUAAUAUCCAUAUUUUCUAGAACUUCUUAUUACUUUUUUGACCAAUAGAAUCAAAGAAAACACAAAUUUGAUUUUUUAUGCCAAAAGUUUCAUAAAAUAUUUUAUCAAGGCAUUGAAUAAUGAAAUUGAGUAGUAUUAGAUGUAUCAUUUAUGUACAGAGGAAACUCGAUUAUUUGGUUCCCAAUUCGCUAUUAUCCGCAGUAUUAACUGAUAUUAAAAAUAACUUACCCAUUUAUCGGAUGACAAAAUUAUUAAAGCAUAUUAAAGGAAAUUGAGAGAAAAAGAAAUGCUCUAUUGUUAAAAAAUUAGACAAAAGCUUGUAAAAACUUAAGAAACAAACAUACAAGUAACUAAAUAAAGACAAAAAUUAAAUGAAAUCUUAAUAAGCUCCGGGACGCAAUCAAGCAGAAUCUACCAUUGAUUAGCAAUAGGCUAUAAAUUAAGGUCUCUCAUUGGUUGUUGCUAAUCGCUGGUACGUUUUGUACAAACAUUGCUAAUCGCGGGUAGAUUUUGUCUCCCUGGAAAUACUAUGCGCACUAUUGCCAAUAGGAGGUAGGAUUUGCCUUGAAGUUGCUAAUCAGCGGUAUGUUUUAUCUAAACAUGAGAUAGCUUUAUACAAUUAUUAAUCACUCACAUAAAAUGAAUCCGUUACACAGCAUUGAAACGAUUUUUGUCAAAUGAACAUAAUCAACCCUUUUAGUGUUCAUAUUAAGUUAUGAUGCGUGUUUAUGGGAACGAAGAAAAGUUCAUUGUGAUUGUUUCUUGAGGGAAACAGGAGAAUUUUUAAGUGGGAGAUGAUAUGUUUUAGGAAUUAUCCUCAUAAAAGACAAAUUUUGCUCGGUGGGCCUUUAUAGCGUUAAUUUAUAUUAGUGCCCGCCUUCACUCACCGUGCGUGUGUACGAAAGCCCUUGAAAAGCUUUUUAUUAAGUAUUUGAGAAUAUGAAUUACGAUUUUUUAAGCAAUAUUAUGAGAAGAACAUAUGCUAAAUCAGCCGAGUUUGGGUUAAACAAGGCGGCCACUCUCAUAUGGCCACAAUAUCUCCAUCAAGCCAUUGUAUGUUCGUUCAACUUGACACGCCAUCUAUUAGUUCCGGUGUUAAUCACCUCUAUGGAUGUUAAUCACCUCAUCAGCAAGCCUUGCAAUUGUAUUCAGAGUUGUAAGUAAGUAGAGUAUAGGGCCUAGUACACUACCUUGUGGUACUCCUGCUUUUAUUUCUGUUAGAUGAGAAAAUACUUCUUCCUGUUUUACUCUAAUCUGUUCGAUAUAUUUUAGUAGUUCUGAAUAUUGCCAUGGCAGGAACUUAGCAUGUUAUUUAGGCCCUUAUGUCAAAGAUUAUUAAAAGUCUGAGCCUCGUCUAGAAAAGCAGCAGAUCACACUUUGUUUUCGUUCUUCCUUUUCGAUUACGUCUGUAAUUCUAUGAACUUAAUCGAUGGUUGAGUGCUUUUCUCGAAAACCAAAUUGAUGGAAUGAUGUUCUUUUCAUCUAUUAUAUGUUUUAGCAUCUUACUAACAUCAAAAUAUUUGUACUGUCAUUUCAUGUAACUUGCAUUAUCCAGUUUUUGAGAAAAAAUGUAAAACUUUUUGCUUCGAAUUUUCUCUGAUUAAAACAUAACAAAAAUUUCGAAUAACUAACUAUUUUGUAUUGUAUUUAUUGUAAAAACUGUAUAAUAUUAAUCUAAAAUAAAAACACAUUAGUAUAUAUUUUUCUUAAAUAAUGUUAAUGAUUAUGCUUAAAAUCGUUCAUUCCAUUGAUUUAAUAUUUAUUCUAAGCCUUUCAGCAUUGUUAGAAUUAUCGGGAAGCCUAGUUGUUUAGCAGUAAAGCACAAUAGUUGUGAUAUAUCCAACAUUAAGACAUUUUUUAAUUACCAUUAUAAAAAUUUUGAAAAA